AUGUCCCACUUGCGCCCUCUACUCCCCGCUACGUCCGCUGGGAGUUCUGGUCAAGGCGGAGGCGCGCCCGGCCCCAGAGCACCCUUGGCUCCCAAGAGGAAGAACGUCGACGCCGCUUGUCUUGCCUGCAAGAAACGCAAAGUGAGGUGCGAUGGCCAAGAGCCACGAUGCGCCGUCUGUGUCAAACGCGGCCUUCUAUGCGAAUACUCCCCCACCGAGAACCAGAGUAGCAAAGUCAUCAAGCGCAAAUUAACAGACAUAGAAGAGCGUCUCCAGGCUCAUGAAGAGCUCUACAGCAUCAUGCAAAGCAAGUCUGAAGAGGAGUGUCUAUCGAUCAUUCGUCGAAUCAAAAGUGUCCAGGACGUUCGGACUGUUCUCCGACACCUCCAGGAUGGUGAUUUGCUGCUUCAAAUUGCCCAUGUUCCCCAGACAUGGCAUCAAUAUAGCUUCCCAUUCAGCCCUGAAAUGCCCCAUUUCUUGCGCGGCGAAAAUAAUCCUUACUUAGAAUAUCGUAUCUAUGAGAUGGUCAAUGAGGAUGCGGCGGCGGGUAAUUCGAAUGCUGGGUUGAAUGCGAUGAGAGUGGGCUUUGAAGCCCAAUACAGGGCGCCAUACCAUGCUGCUACAUUGAUAGAGCCGCGUAUCGAUGCCUUGAGGCCGUCUCAAUGGACGCAGGUCCCGGUGAAUGAUAAUUUGCUAUGCCAACUUCUCAAGAUGUACUUCAUGCGCGUAUAUCCCACUUCUGCCUUUUUCCACAAUGACUACUUCUUGGACGACAUGGCAGCCGAUCGCGAGAAGUUUUGCUCCUCGUAUCUCCACGCCUACAUUAAAGAUCCUCAGCGCACAGAGUUCUGGAAUCCACACUCACUGCAGUAUCAGUUCCUCGCCGAGACCAGACGGAUUCGUGAAUUCGAAGAUCAGAAGGAUUCUCUGACAGCUGUCCAGGCUACACUUGUUCUGGCUCUCACGUAUAACAUGAACAGCAUGGAUGAGAUAGGAUUCUCAUACACUAUACAGGCCAUUGCCAUGGCCGACCGGAUCAAAUUAUUUGACGAGUUCCCUCCCAAGAUGGAAGACAAGAUCAAAGCUUCUCGGACGUUGACAGCUUGGACAACAUUCAAUUUCCAGGCGCUCUUUUCAUUCCACUUCUUCCGACCACCUCUGAUAAAAUCCCCACCCAGAUUUCCUUUACUGGAUCCCAAGGACAACGCAUCAUGGUAUCCUGAGCUAUGGAUCAUGUACCCUCUGGCUCAAAGCCCUAUACCAAUCGAUCUGGGUCAUCAUUUCAAGGCAGUUUCAGAGUCUCGUGCUUUGGUCAAUAAAAUUGGCGCCUGCGCCUUCCCUACAUUGCAGAGCCAGAAAAAGUUGACUCUCGACGAGGCCUGGGGGUUUUACUUAAUGCUGAAGAAAUGGUACGACGAGUUGCCUAGCUCAUUGUCGCCUCGCAAUGCGGUUCUCCCCUUUCAGUUAUUGGUCCAUCUACGCUACUUCAAUAUUGUCAUAAUCCUACUUGAGCCUUUUGCCACGGCAGAGACUCAAGGCCGCGAUCCAGAGAGUACAGAAAAUGACACAGCAAAUUAUGUUGUUGCAGAUGCUAAGAUGCGCUUCGAGACUGUCUCGAGACUGUACUAUCUUAGGCAUGGCUUUGAAACUUACGAUCCUCUUCUCAUCCAGUUUCAUAUCCUCCUGGGUUUCAUGACGCUAAACACACUAUCCUCGGGUAAGAAAAAAGCCCCGGAAGCUGUUAAGGCCCUCCAAUCUACUCUUGUUCUCGCUUUGAAAGGCCUAAGGGACCAGGCCAACUCGUGCUACUUGGCAGUGACUACAUUUAGCCUGCUGAAAGGCACGCUCAAACAAGGAGAUCCGCGUCUCUUGCAGAGUGUUGCAGACGUGGAACAGGACAAGGAAUCGGUAAAGACUUUGAUUGCCAGUCAUGUAAAGUCGCAGUAUCCUAUCAAUGUCGUGAGCAUGAGUGAGGACCCGGAGCAGAGGCGGGUGGGUGCUCUUAUUGCUGCCUACAAAGAGCUGGAAUUGGAUGAUACUAUUCCAUUUAAAGGAUAG